AUGUCGCACACGUCCGAGGAAGAGUCCCUCAGCAGCUUCCAGCAGCAACCUAAGCUCGAGGUCGGCGCGGCGGGUCCGAGCAGAGGCGACGCGGCUAUGCCCGUGGUGAAAAAGAGACGAGGUCAUCCAGGAAAUCCAGACCCAGAUGUGGAAGUAGUAGCUUUAUCACCCAAGACACUUGUCGCGACAAACAGAUACAUAUGUGAAGUGUGCCAUAAAGGAUUUCAGAGGGACCAGAACCUCCAACUCCACAGGAGGGGCCAUAAUCUGCCAUGGAAGCUCAAACAGAGAAGCAGCACUGAUGCUAAGAAGAAAGUGUACAUCUGCCCCGAGGUCACCUGCCCUCAUCAUGAUGCAACCCGAGCUUUAGGUGAUCUCACAGGCAUAAAAAAGCACUUCUCCAGAAAGCAUGGAGAGAAGAAGUGGAAGUGCGACCGAUGUUCGAAGAAAUAUGCCGUCCAGUCUGAUUGGAAGGCUCACACUAAGAUAUGUGGCACCAAGGAGUACCGAUGUGAUUGUGGAACUAUCUUCUCAAGAAAGGAUAGCUUCAUCACACAUCGAGCCUUCUGCGAUGUAUUAGCCGAAGACAACUCAAGGGUUAACCACAGCCUUGCUACAAUGGUGGGAAGUCUGCAUGGUCAGCAUGACAUCUAUUCACAUGGAGUGCCUAGCCCCACUGAUAUGGUUGCAAACAUGUCCAGUAACGACCAUAACUCAGACAUCCAUCUAAGGUCUCUAUCUCCUUAUGCUCUCAUCACAAGGAACACUGCCUUAUUUUCCAACCAGGUGUCACCCAAGGAUCCAGGCUUUCCACUUGAUGGAAGUGCAUCAGGCUACCCUUACAUGUCCAUGAACUCUCCAUACAUGUCCGCGACAGCCCUGCUGCAGAAAGCUGCGGAGAUGGGGGCAAAGACCAGCCAGGACCCUAUUUCACCAUUGCUUCUAAAAGGAUUCACAAACAACUUCACCAGUGCUAGAGACCAUAUGGGCAUAUCUUCUGGAAGCCAAGGAGACUCUAUGGGGAAUUCAGCAGCUAACAAUGUUUGCAUGAAGACUGCUGAAGAUGAGAGCAUGAAUGGUCACAACAGUAUGUUGAUCAACUCCGCAUGGACCAGUGGCAUGAUGACACCUACUACCGUGCCUUUAAUUGGGCUCAUGAACCAUCCAUUUUCCAUGAGACAAGACAAGGAGAGCCCUCAAAUUAUGCCUGAUAUCCAGGCCCAGCACAACAGACAAGAAAAAAUUUCAGGGGUAGGAGAUGCGGACCUAACACAGGACUUUCUAGGGUUAGGAGGCAACGGAAAUUUGGAUAUAAGCUCUGGGACCUAUAAUACGGAUGUGACAGCAAUGAGCUAUUCUGAUGAGCAACAUAAAAAUCAGGAGCAUCUGUAUUCUUACCAUGAAUCAUCGCUCGACUCCACUGCAUUGGACAAACCUAUUUGGGAUUCAUGA